UCAGAAAUUUGAGAGCACUCCCAUUUCUUUUCUCCUUUUUGAUUCUCUUUGGAUACUCUCAUUAUUGCUUCUCUAAGGAAUUUCCGCUAUUUCCCGCCUCACCCAUUUGAAUCUCUCCUCCUCCUUCUUCUUCUAAUUGCCAUUUCUCCAUCUUAAAGUCUUCAGAUUGUAUUUUCUAACCUUCGUUUCCUACUUUAUACAGACGUCUGAUCUGACCCACUGAUUAGAUUUCCAUUCCUGGGGUUCGAUUCUUCGUUGCCCUGUUCUUUCCUCUGUUUCCCACUUCAAGAAAAUGCAAGAUCAAGAUUCCUGUUGCAGCCCAGGUGAUGAAGGGCUCGAAUUUACCUUGACUUCUCCUGAUCUAGUUGUCUGUGCUGGUUCUCCCGAUAUUCCGGGAGACAACUACUGUGAUUCACCGGAAUUCUUGGAUAUUAAGUGUUGUAAACCAAUAGAGUCUUCCAUGGAGCUUUCUUUUGAAAAUAGCUUUUCUACUGAGGUUAACUACAAUAAGAGGACCCCAUCUGUUAAAUUUUCCAAGUUGUGCCAAACCUAUGAGCAAGAACUGUCACCAGAAUCUUCCUUUGAGUUGCCUCCUCCACCAGCAACCAGUUCUCUGCAAUCUGAAGAACCCCUUCAAGCUGUAAGUGUCAAUGCAGGUUCCACAAGUGAUGCUGUGACUUUGGAUGGGGUAUGCUAUGUGGAAGACAAGUGGUUUAAGGGUGGUGACACCAUAAGGUCUGAUGAAAUUGAACAUCCUCUAUACCAAACGGCUCGGUUCGGGAACUUUUGUUACAGCUUCUCGUCGUUGGAGCCUGGGAAUUAUGUUGUUGACCUGUAUUUUGCUGAAAUUGUAUUUACCAAUGGCCCUGCUGGUAUGAGGGUGUUUGAUGUCUAUUUACAAGACCAGAAGGUUGUUGCCGGCCUGGAUAUAUAUGCUCGUGUGGGUGGAAAUAAGCCUCUCGUUAUGUCUGACCUCAAAGCUUCUGUAGAUGUUCAAGAUUUAACCAUUAGAUUUGAAGGACAGAUGGGCAGGCCAAUUGUUUGUGGUAUUUCUGUGAGGAAAGAUCUUCCUUCAAAUAUUGAAGAAGUUGAACAGCUAGAAGAUGUGGGAUCAUGUCGACUAGAAAAUUCAGAGAUGUCCAAAGAUAGUGGUGACUUGAUAGUAAAAGAUAAGAAGUACCUAGAGCUCCAAAAGGAUUUUGAGCUCAUGAAGAAUGAGCUAGCAGCAGCAAGGAGAGAUAUGGAAGAACUUAGAAGGGAAAAUAAUCUAAAGAGCAGAGAAUGUCAAGAAGCCUGGAAGUCUUUAAAUGAGCUACAAAAUGAGCUCAUGCGCAAGUCAAUGCAUGUUGGAUCUCUUGCUUUUGCCAUUGAGGGACAAGUGAAAGAAAAGGGAAAAUGGUUUUCAUCAUUGAGGGACCUUACCAGAAAAGUAAAGAUUAUGAAAAUUGAAAACAUCAAGUUAUCAGAGGAGGCACUGGCUUACAAGAAUUGCCUUGUGGAUAUGAAUGAAAUGACUUCUAAAAUCCAGACAGCAUUUAAACAGCAAUUAUAUUUGCAAGAAAACCUGAAGACUAAGUUCGUUGAAGGAGCUAAGGAAAGGAAAGAACUCUACAAUAAGAUGUUGGAGUUGAAAGGAAACAUUAGGGUCUUUUGUCGGUGUAGGCCUUUAAAUACAGAAGAGAUUGCAUCUGGAGCGUCAAUGGUUGUUGAUUUUGAGUCUGCCAAAGAUGGCGAGUUGAUUGUUAAGUCUAAUGGAGCUCCCAGAAGGAUCUUUAAGUUUGAUGCUGUAUUUGGUCCUCAAGCAAAUCAAGGAGAUGUCUUUGAAGAUACUGCGCCAUUUGCAGCUUCAGUUCUAGACGGGUACAACGUUUGCAUAUUUGCGUACGGGCAAACGGGGACUGGAAAAACUUUUACAAUGGAGGGUACUGAGGAAGCUCGUGGAGUCAAUUAUAGGAUUCUUGAGGAGCUGUUUCGCUUGACAAAGGAGCGCGGGAAGCUACAUCGUUACAAAGUAUCUGUUAGUGUCUUGGAAGUGUAUAAUGAGCAAAUAAGGGACUUGCUCGUCUCAGGAUCUCAUUCAGGAAAUGGUGCAAAGAGACUGGAAGUAAGACAAGUGAGUGAAGGAAUCCAUCAUGUUCCUGGCAUGGUCGAGGCGCCUGUCGAUAACAUGAGUGAGGUUUGGGAAGUUCUACAAACUGGCAGUAAUGCAAGAGCUGUUGGUUCUACCAACGCUAACGAGCACAGCAGUCGAUCACACUGCAUACACUGUGUGAUGGUGAAGGGGGAGAAUUUGCUAAAUGGGGAAUGCACAAGUAGCAAACUAUGGUUGGUGGACUUGGCAGGUAGUGAGCGGAUUGCUAAAGUAGAAGUACAGGGAGAGAGACUGAAGGAGACUCAAAAUAUUAAUAGAUCUCUUUCUGCACUCGGUGAUGUAAUAUCUGCUCUUGCAACAAAAAGUCCUCAUGUUCCAUUCAGGAACUCCAAGCUCACUCACUUGCUUCAAGAUUCACUAGGGGGAGAUUCAAAGACACUCAUGUUUUUACAGAUCAGUCCCAAUGAAAGUGACUUGAAUGAGACUCUUUGCUCAUUGAACUUUGCAAGCAGAGUAAGAGGAAUUGAGUUGGGUCCUGCAAAGAGACAACUUGAUAUGUCUGAAUUCCUUAAAUGCAAACAGAUGGCUGAGAAAACUAAGCAGGACAUGAAGAGUAAAGAUCUACAAAUCAGAAAGAUGGAAGAAACAAUUCAUGGAUUAGACUUGAAGAUGAAGGAAAAAGAUCAGAAAACCAAAAAUCUACAAGACAAGGUCAAAGAACUUGAAGCUCAACUUCUUGUUGAAAGAAAGCUAGCACGUCAGCACGUUGACGCCAGAAUAGCGGAGCAGCAACAACAACAGCAACAACAGCAGCAUAUGAAAACUGAAUCAGAAGACCACAAGUCUGCAAGGCCACAACUCGCAAGCAGACCAUUAGGUACUCUGAAAAAUCUCCAAGGAUCAUUCAACAGCAUACUUGGAAAGGAACAAAUAAAUCUCGUUCGGCCACUAACCGAAAACAACGGCUUCAAACCGUUGUUUCCAUUUCCUCCAGUGGAUGGUGCCUUCAAUGCCGUCAAGUCCACUGAUUCCACAGAGAAGGAGAACAAUCCAGAGAUGGCUGAAAGAUCUCUUGUGCCAACAAAGAGGACAGGAAGAGCAUCCAUUUGCACAAUGGCUCGACGCUUACCGAUGGCUCCGGCUCCUAGGAGAAUCUCCCUAAUCCCUCUACCAAGCAUACCAAGCUCAACUCAUCUCCCAUCACCAAUGUUGCCAUUGCAACCCUAUCAAGCUGACAAGAUAGACGAAGGCGAUGGAUCGGACGACAGCAGCCGCUUUCUGCCCGAACAGGCGCAGUGUGACACUCCUAAAGAGAUGAAAUAUGGAGGUAAGAAGCUCAGCAACUUGUUGAGACGAAGCCUGCAGAAGAAAAUGCAGAUGAAGUCCCCA